AUGACGACCGCAGGAAACACAAGUAUGACAAGCACUAUCUCUCAAGCAACUUUAACCUUGCGUACAUCCUCGGUUACAGUCGGUGGCAGAUUGCCACAAAUAGACAAAUUGGAUGGAGUUGCAACAUAUAAUAAUUGGAAGUUUGCGAUGAAAAUGUAUUUGAUACAUGGAACUGUAUUGUUGGAUCCGAUUAUUAAACCUGCAUCAUAUGCUCACGUAUGUACGGCAGCUACUGCUAAAGAAGCAUGGAGAAAUCUUCAAACUGUAUAUGAAGAUAAAGGUUUAAACAGACGUCUUGGUUUACUUACAUCUAUGUUCAACUUGAGGUUAGAAGAUUAUACAUGCACGGAACAAUACAUUAUUGAAGCCAUGUCUUUGGCUCAAAAACUGGCAGAUAUUGAGAAGCCUGUAGACGAUGAAUUCUUAGCCAUCGUUUUGCUACACGGAUUGCCAUCUACUCCCAGAUUCGAAACUAUGAAAUCAGGACUGCAAGCUACUCACGAUGUAUUGAAUUCCGAAAUAGUAAAAGCACGUUUACUUCAAGAUGUUGCAGGAAGAGAGGAUUCAUCACAAAAUGAUAGAAAAUUAGUUUGCUACAACUGUAAGAAAGAAGGUCAUAUUAGACCAAAAUGUCCAAAACUCAAACAGAAGGUAAAAGAACGCAAACACAGUAAAGAUGCCAGAAAAACUGAUGAAGUCAAGGAAGAUUCAUCGAAAUUAGAAGAAAAAGGAAAGAAUACCUUAUUGAUCUCUGGAAUGACAGCUUUAUUAGCAAAGGAUUUUAAGUCAGAUGAUUGGUUCAUAGAUAUUGGAGCCACAACUCAUAUGACACAUCGGAACGACUGGUUAGAAGAUUCGGAAUUUAUUAAAAUGACGGAAAUCGCUAUCGCUGACAGUUCGACUUGCAAAAGUAAUAAGGUUGGUCAAGUAAAGGUUAAUCUAACACAUGGAAAGUCAUGUUUCGUAAGUAAUCCAAUGUAUGUGCCACAACUUUCUACAAAUUUAUUAUCCGUUAAUAAAAUAACAGAAAAAGGUCUAACAGUUGUGUUUGAUUCAGAAAGUUGCAAGGUAUAUGAUACCACAAAAUGUACUCUAAAUGGAAAGCCGGAAAUUUCAGCUGCCAAAAUUGGCGGAUUGUAUCGUCUAGACCAAGAGCGAUCAGCAGUACAAGUAGCAACGUUAUCUACUGAAAAAUUAGCAAAGAAGGAAGCAAUAAUGACAGCUUCGUCAGAAGAUUUAGAGCUAUGGCAUAGACGACUUGGUCUCCAUUAUAAAUACAUGGUAGCAUUGAAGGAUGGCUUAGCACCUGGCAUAUCUUUUACAAAUUCACAGAAAGGGGACUGGAAUUGCGUUGCUUGUUUAGAAGGAAAAACGAUCGUUGAAAAGACAAGAUGUUUACUACAAGAUUCUAAGCUGGAUAAAAGAUUUUGGGAUGAAGCAGUGCUCACGGCCAUAUACCUCCGAAAUAGAUGUCCGACAAGAGCUCUUCGAGGCGUGACGUCACAGGAAGCCUGGAGCGGAAAAAGGGUUGAUAUUAGUCAUCUCAAGGUUUUUGGAUGCAAAGUCUAUGUGCAUAUUCCAAAGGAAUUGCGAACGAAGCUAGAUUCAAAGUCGAAGGAGCACAUCAUGCUAGAAUCAGAGGACCGUGAGGUACAAGAAAAUACUGAAAAAGUAAAAACUCAAGAAGUUGAAGACGCUGAAGAGGAAGAAGAGUUCCACGAAGCGGAAGAAAUAUUUAAACCAGAAAGAAGAUAUCCUCUGAGAAUCAGACAAUCGCCAAAAAGAUAUGCAGAUGAAGAAGAGUUCUAUUCGUGCGUUGCAAGCGAGAAUAAUAUGCAAGAUCCGAUGACUAGAUCAGAAACUUCAAACAGUAAUAACUCAAGCAGAUGGAAGUCUGUGAUGGAAGAGGAAAUCAAGUUACUUCAGGGCCAUCUGGAUAUUACAAAGAGGUACACCCAAGUUCAUGGUGUUGACUACGAAGAAACCUUCGCACCAGUUGUAAGACAUUCGAUCAUACGCAUGCUUAUUGGAUUAGCUGCAGUAAAGAAGCUGGAUAUACAUCAUUGGGAUAUUACUACUGCUUUUCUGAACGGAAGAUUUCAUGAAGAAAUUUAUAUGCAGCAGCCGGAAGGAUACGUUGAAAAGGGGAAAGAACAGAAAGUAUAUCGUCUUAAGAAAGCGAUAUACGGGUUGAAACAAACAUCUAGGACUUGGAAUGAAGAAAUAGAUAAGAACAUGAAAGAAUUAGGCUUUUAG